UAGCAACAACAAACCACCUGCCUUAAAUGACAGUGGAGCUCGGCACAGUUAGUGUUGUUGUCUUUAUUUUACUCAGCCGGUGACAGCUGGAUAGAGACAGCCGGGCAGAAAAUAAGAACAGAGCUCAGACAGAGUGAAUGCGAGUACAUUUAACCACGUCUUUGGUUGCAGGCGUGUUUUUGUCUGCUCCUCCGCCACGUUAGUUAGCUUAGCUUGUUAGCACGCACCGACAUCAUGUCAUGCUACUGAAUGGAGGAGCUUUUCUUCCUCAUUUGCAAAAAGGGGCAGUUCUGCUUUCUGACACUGCUUUAGUGGAGGAUGAAUCUUCAGAGGAUUCCAGUAAAAGGCACACAAACUGCCAUGGAACCGUGCGCGGCUCCGGGCUGUGUGAACCUGGGCAGUCUGGUCAGUACUCUGCCGGUGAUCCCCUACCAGAAGCUGACAGACCUGUACUACCUGAGCAGGGGAGGCUUUGGCACCGUGUUCAAGGCGCAGCACUCCGACUGGAGGACCACAGUGGCCAUCAAGUGCCUAAAACUGGACUCUCCUUUUGGUGAAAGAGAGAGGAACUGUCUACUGAAAGAAGCCGAGGUGCUCCACAAAGCCAGGUUCAACUACAUCAUCCAGAUUUUCGGGAUCUGCAACGAGCCAGAAUUCUUCUGCAUAGUCACAGAGUUUAUGAUCAACGGAUCCUUGGACUUGUUACUUCAUGAGAAGGAACUGUGCCCCGUCCUUGCCUGGCCUUUGCGACUGAGGAUCCUUUAUGAGAUCGCUCUUGGGGUCAACUUCCUCCACAACAUGAACCCACCCCUCUUACAUCAUGACCUAAAGACACAAAAUAUCCUGUUGGAUGGUGAAUAUCAUGUAAAGAUUGCAGAUUUUGGCCUCUCAAAGUGGCGCCAGCUGUCGGUCAGUAAAGGGUCAGGGUCCAAACCCUCAGAGAUGGGGGGUACUGUGAUCUACAUGCCCCCUGAGGAGUAUGAGCCGUCCAAGAGCCGCCGGGCCGAUGUGAAACAUGACAUGUACAGCUAUGCCAUCAUUAUGUGGGAGGUGCUGUCCAGGCAGAUUCCAUUUGAAGAGGUGACCAACCCCAUGCAGAUCAUGUUCAGCGUCCUUCGUGGGACGCGUCCUGACACGAGUCUGGACAGUCUACCCGCCGACAUCCCCAGCAGAGAAACCCUGAUCAGUUUAAUGACCUGCGGCUGGACCGCUAACCCCGACGAGCGGCCGUCAUUCCUCAAGUGUUUGAUUGAACUGGAGCCAAUGGUGAGGAAGUUUGACGAAAUCGACUUCCUCGAGGCGGUUUUGAAGAUCAAGAGGGCAAAGACCAGAACAGUGUGUUGUUCUGCUCAGCCCUCGUGUCAGAAGAGGAGUGAGGAGGAGUCUGUGAACAUGAACAAACCCAGCUCCUGGCCGGAGAGUUCCACCUCAGGUUCAGGUUCUUGUUCGUCACAGGACACGGAGAUUUCCCUACCAGGCUCUCUCUCCAGCAACAACACUGCGCCUUCUCAAGGUUGUUCUUCUCUUCCUGCAGCAGAGGGGCUGCCGUCAUCGUUCAUAGCUCCUUCACUAGAAGCUCCGGGGUCUUUGAAGGACCUCGACGCAGCCAAUAAUCUGAAUGACUUCCAGAGUGCCAAGCCCAUGAACUGGAACAUUCCCAUCAAACCAGGUCUACCUGUCACCGAAUACGAGACACAUCCGGAAAACAUCCCGCUAAAGCCACAGCCUCCACAGCAAGUGAAUUACUCUCCUCCGCUGCGUCACUCCCCUCCCUUAUGUGGCCCGGUUGCCGAGUGGAUCGCCACCCGUCGCGAGGAGAUCGUUUCCCAGAUGACCGAGGCCUGUCUGAACCAGAGUUUGGACGCUCUGCUGGCACGCUCCAUGCUGAUGCGGGAGGAUUACGAACUGGUGGUGAACCAGCCCACUCGCACCGCAAAGGUCCGACACCUCUUAGACCACUGCCACCGACACAGCGAAGACUUCUGCCGCAUCGUCGUCCGUAAGCUGCACGACAACAAACAGAUGGGUCUGCAGCCCUACCCGCCUGAAAUCAGCUCUCCUUCCACAAACCUGGUCCCCAGCGCGCCGCCGCUGUCCAUGUCCUACAAUAUCCCCAGGAACGUGUAGCAGCGUUUCCUGGCCACGUCAUAAACACAGCAGCUUUACACUACAGUCAGCGUUGGCAGGUUCUGUUGUCGUACAGAUGAUAGACACGGUUCCUGCCAGGUUUCCCUCAAAAACCGGGGAAUGACGAAGGUACAAUAGAAAGGGUUUUUGCUUUACUGUUAUCAAACGGCCAAGUUUUAUUCUGUAAUUGUAGAAUCUAAGGAUUUUGAUCGAAUUGCUGAUUUUUAUUUAACAGUACUAUGGGUUUAUUUAUAAAGAAUUCAUGUUGAGCAGAUGUAUUACAGGGUUUCACUUCUUUUGGCACAAUUUCCUUCCUUUCUUUAUUUCCACAGUUAUAGGAAAGCAUAUUUCUGUUUCGUUAGUUUUUUUGUGUUUGUAAUGCUUUGUUUGUGAUUAACAACCUCUAUGCACUCAGUUGAUCUGAGUGAAUUACAGGAGGACUGUUAAGAUACUAGAAAACUUCCAGCAAAAAUACAUUUUGCCCGACACAAAGUGUCUAUGUUUGUACUAAAACACAUUAAAUUAGGUUUAAUCAUUGGUACAGUGCACUAACCUCUAACAAUGUGCAAAGAAGACAUUGGGGCUAAUAAGUGAUCCAACGAUGUGUACUUAAAGGUUCAUGGUGUCGUAGGUCUGAGUGUUGGAAUGAGCUGUGAUUGGACAGACUGUACCUCUGACUCAGUCACUGGAAUGUGAUGUUUAAUGGAGGUUCGAACCUUAGAGUCAGAAUGAGAGGGACGUUUGUGUGUGUGUGUGUUUUUGUGUGUGUGUGUGUGUGUGUGUGUGUGUGCGAGCGCGUGUGUGUAUGUACGUGUGUGUGUGUGUAUCUAAACUGGUGGGCUAAAGUGAGCUGCCCUCACUUCUGUUUUGGUCUCCUCAGUAGUGGCCUCAUCUCUCAGUAUUAUUCAUCUUGAGCGUUCAAACAGGGCAGACUUUUCAGAAAGUCUUUGGGCCUGAUUUACUAAAGGUUUGCGCAUGUAAAAAUGUGACUUGAUUGCACACGCAAAAACACAUUGAAGCUGAUCUACUAACAGGACGCACUGAGGUUUGCGUCUCUCAAAUGGGCAA